CAUAAAGAAAAAAAAAAUAUGCAAAGAGGAGGUCGACCGAAGCACAGUUUUUGGGAAGAAGGAGGAUUUCAGCGUAUUCGUGAAAACGGAAAACAAGUUGCAUCAUGUGUAAAGUGUAAAAAAAUAAUUAAUAAUACCGCUGAACAACGAUUGAAGAGUCACAGAAAUCGGUCUGGGAGCUAUGAUGACAAUAAUAAUAGUGAUCUUAAAAGAGGUUCUUAUGAUGAGGCUGCUACUCCAUCAUCGUCUAUUCAAUUAAAAAAGGAGAAGCGUAAAAUCAGUUCUUUUUUAGACUCGAUAAGUGACAAAGAACACUUAAAAAUUGACGAAGCUUUAAGUAACUUUUUUUAUAGUAAUAAUUUAUCAUUUGAUCUAAUUCAAGAUCCUUAUUUUAAAAAAUUUUGUAAAAUAUUACGGCCUGCAUAUGAAGUCCCUAGUGAAGUAAAGUUAUCGACAACUCUACUUGAAAAAGCUCACGAUAAAUUUACUGAUCGUAAAGUAAACUUGAAGGAGAAAAAGGGAACAUUAUUAUUUUGUAAAAAUGUUGCUCAAACAAAUGGCUUAGAGAUUAAUGCUAUAACAAAAACUGGAAAUGAUACAUUAUUUCUAAAGUCUUGGAUCUUGGAAGAAGAACGUGAUUAUAUAAGUAAUUAUUUACAAAUGAUUAACGAGUCAAGCUCGAUCGCACUUAAAAAGUAUUAUAUAUCAGUGUAUGCUGUGAUAUCAUUCAUAAACAUACCAAAAAAUAAUCGUAUUCUUGAUUCCACAUCAGCAUCGCCACUUCUAUCGGAAUCUAUAUCUAUGUGGCACUUCGAUUGUCAUUUAGAAACUGUCGAUACACUUAUUGCAGCAAUUCAUGAUGAUUCUUUAGAAAUCAAAAUUAAUCGUCUGCUAAACGCGAUAAAAAGUACUGAUAUUGAAGAAGAAUUAGUAAAACGAGGUGGAGAUACUCUAUCCUGUCAAACAAGAUGCUCAGCUUUUAUACUAUUCUAA